AAAUGUCCAUUUCUCAAUUAGUUAAAUUGCUCGUUUUUGCCUCACCAUAACUUUUUAUCUACAUUCUUUCUCUUAUCUUGCCCCCAUUCUCCUCUCCAACUCCAAGACUCAGAAAUCAAGAAAGACAGGGGGAAAGACUCAAAAAACACCUCUAAAAACUUGACAAUGGCAUUUGCAGGAACAACACAGAAAUGUAUGGCAUGUGAAAAGACAGUAUAUUUAGUCGACAAAUUAACUGCAGACAAUAGAGUCUAUCAUAAAGCUUGUUUCAGAUGCCAUCAUUGCAAGGGUACUCUCAAGCUUAGCAACUACAAUUCCUUUGAGGGAGUUCUCUACUGUAGACCUCACUUUGAUCAGCUCUUCAAAAGAACUGGAAGUCUGGACAAAAGCUUUGAAGGGACACCCAAAAUUGUGAAGCCAGAGAAAGACGAGAAACCACAUGCUGCUAAAGUCUCAAGCAUGUUUGUUGGAACAAGGGAGAAAUGUUUUGGCUGCAAGAAUACUGUCUAUCCAACAGAAAAGGUAUCAGUGAAUGGAACACCAUACCACAAAAGCUGCUUCAAAUGUAGCCAUGGUGGCUGUACAAUUAGCCCAUCCAACUAUAUUGCGCACGAGGGGCGCCUUUACUGCAAACAUCACCAUAUUCAACUAAUCAAGGAGAAAGGAAACUUAAGCCAGCUCGAGGGUGAUCAUGACAAGAGAACAACACAAGUCAAGGCAGAAUCAUGAACUUUCAACCAUUUUUUUAGCUCAUUCUUACUGUCUUCUUUAUUCAAGUGAAUAAUAGGUUAUUCAGCUAAGGACUUUAUUCAGAACAUUCAUCCAUGAAUGUACUUCCUUCUGUACCCUAAUUUCUUUCUCUACUUCCAUCAAUUUCAUUCAGAAACAUAUUCUACUUGUGUAUGUUAACUCUUUGCUUUUGCUUCUUGUUCA